AUGGCGAUAAAUUCUUUUAUUAAAGCGUUUAGACAAGGCCUGGACCCUGGUGAAUCUGGCCAGGCUUACGAACCUAACAAGGGCAAACUGCAUAGCCGCAUUGUCGAUGUUAUUCAGCGAACGUUUGACCUAGGAUUCACCUCUUUUGGAGGGCCGCCGUAUCAGGAGCUGUUUGCGAUCAGUCAAGCGCUGCCGGGACCGGGAAGCACCAAGAUGCUCUUCUGCAUAACGAUGAUACAUGCAGGCUUUCUCCCGGCAGUGCUUACAUUCUUCAUGUGGACUCUUCCCGGGGCGAUCGGAAUGUUCGGCCUUGCCCUUGGAGUCGCCAAGCUAGACCAGAACCUCCCUACCAUAGUAUAUGCGUUCCUUUCUGGACUUAACGCAUCAACUGUUGGCAUUAUCGCCCUCGCAGCAGUCCAGCUAGCAGAUAAGUCCAUCCAAGAUAAAAUAACCAGGAUUCUGGUCAUUUUUGGCGCAUCUGCUGGCUUGUGUUACCAAGCUAUUUGGUACUUUCCGAUCCUUAUAAUAAUCGGUGGUUGCACAACCGUAUUUUGGGAUCUGAUUGCUCAGCCCAAUAUCAAGAAGCUGAGGCGUAAACUUCGUCAAAGACGCUCAAGUCCCUCGGCUGAUGCUGAAGCCGGUGUUAAUCAAGUCGGCAUCCAGUUGAAUGACCCCCGCCUGAAUCCAACGCUCCAGCGGCGCAAUGCUAUGGCUGGGAGGGGACAGGAAGUUGACGGUGACGAAACCUUCCUCCGGCGUUCGGGUAGCUCGACCGUUGUCCCUGACAGCCCUAGUACCCUCGUUGGAACUCCUGAAAUUCAACGUAUGGAUACUCAUUCACACUCUAUACCUAUUAAAUGGGGUAUCUUGAUCAUCGUGCUCUUCUUCGUGCGCCAGAUGAUGGAGAAACCAACACUUGACCUCGACCUUUUCUCCAACUUAUACCUUGCUGGAACAGUGAUAUUUGGCGGCGGACCGGUCGUUAUUCCCUUACUACGCGAAUAUGUUGUUGGACCCGGCUGGGUUUCACCACGAGACUUCCUCAUUGGCCUUGCUCUCAUCCAAGCUUUUCCAGGGCCGAAUUUCAAUUUUGCUAUAUAUCUAGGAGGACUUGCGGUAGCCUCUAUGAACUCGCCCACAAUCUUGGGCGCUUCCAUGGCGUUCGUCGCCAUAUAUGUCCCAGGCUUAACUUUGGCGGUGGGGUUCCAGAGCUGUUGGAGUGUUCUGCGAAAGUACCAGCUUACAACUAGUGCCCUCAGAGGGAUGAACUCGGCUGCAGUUGGGCUGGUAUUCACUGCAGUUUAUCGGCUGUGGGAGAUUGGCUACUUGAGUGCCCAUGCAUCUAAUGGCCAGAGUCUUGGAAUGGAACCCUUUUGGGUGGUUGUAGCGGCUGUAACCUAUGCUGAAAAUGCUUGGUUUAAAGUCCCACCCGCCAUUGCUAUUGCCAUUGGUGGUAUACUGGGCCUAUGCUGCACCACCAACACCGCCAACAUGGGUCGUCUUCACAGCAAUGGCAAGGGUAUCUCUGCCUCCGCCCUCCCUUACUCUCGCACCGCCCCCGCCUGGGUGAAGACCACUCCUGAUCAGGUUGUCGACCACAUCUGCAAGAUGGCCAAGAAGGGUGCCACCCCAUCUCAGAUCGGUGUUGUCCUCCGUGACAGCCACGGCAUUGCCCAAGUCAAGGUCGUUACCGGAAACAAGAUCCUCCGCAUCCUCAAGUCCAACGGCCUCGCUCCUGAAAUCCCAGAGGACCUUUACAUGUUGAUCAGAAAGGCCGUUGCUGUCCGCAAGCAUCUCGAGCGUAACCGCAAGGACAAGGACAGCAAGUUCCGUCUUAUUCUGAUCGAGUCCCGUAUCCACCGUCUCUCCCGCUACUACAAGUCCGUUGGUGUCCUCCCACCAACCUGGAGAUACGAGAGUGCCACUGCUAGCACCAUGGUCGCUUAA